UCACUGUGAUCAAAGAGUGUGUCAGAGGGGAUGCGGUCACAGCAUGGACAGCGCGAGGAAACACUGCUACGUGGAGGCGCUCCAGGCAGCGAAACGUGCAUCGGAGAAGAAGGGCGCAGGUUUGGAGCAGACCCUCCGGAUGGCGCAGCUCAGGUGGGACAGGAGGGAGCGGUCCCUGCUGGCUCAGGUGGCUGCGCUGCAGAGCGAAGCGAAGCUCUUCGCCCUGGCUUACCAGCAGAGGCUGCAGGGAUACUUGCUGCAUAUAAGCAGCAUCGCAGAAGAAAUUGGCAGAUAUUGUGAGAGGGAUUCCAGGACACUUUCUGACAUGCAGAGCCACGCAUCCAAUUCGACUUCAGCCAAGCUGCAGAAAGCUGUAGAGGGACUUAAGGGAUCUACAGAAUUGUAAAACUGCUGGACGAGAUGAAAUAGACGUUCUUCGAGUGUCAUGCAGCUCAUUGUUAGAGCAGCUGCAGCUUAUACUGAGGCUACAAUCCUCAAUGCUGUUGUCUAGUGCUGAUUAACAGGCAUGGCCCAUUUCCUGCAUGUCUUCCCUUAUUUAUUGGCCCUAUUUCCUAUCUAGAUACUAUAGAAUGAGGCCCAAUAUUUAAGGAAAAAAAGUAUUUUUUUAAUAAUAUCAAU